AAAAACAAGACGGGAUAAUAAUUAAUUGAAGACAGAUCUGUAGAAAAAGACCAUUCCGACAAGACUAAAAGCGAAGAAGCCCUAGGCGGUUGUCUCCUCCUCUCUGUUCCUUUCCUUUACGAUCUGCGAUAGGUUGCGUCUUGUUCUCUUGGUCUAAUCUUGUAUCUCUUACUCGCAUCAGAUGCACUUUUGGUUGUUUUCAUACCAAAAUGCAGAUUUUCAGCUGGUUUUUGAAUCCAAAUGGACUCCAAGAAGUUCAUGCAGAUGGUGGAGGAGAAGAAACGACAGAUUCUUGAGAAGAAGGAAGCUCCUUUGAAAUGGGAGCAGAAGCUAGAGGCGGCUGCCAAGGCUGCUGGAACCAAGGAGAAGAAGUCAAAGAAGCGAAGACAUAGGGAUGCCUCUGAAUCGAGCUCAGAAAGUGAUAGUAGCCCUGAGGUGAGAAGAAAGUCGAGAAGAGGCCACAGUAAGCACCGGAGGCAUAAGAGAAGGUCCUCAAGUAGCAGUGAUGAGUACGAAAGCGGGUCAGAGGACGAGCCCAGGAUGAAGAUAAGGCACCACCGGAGGCACAAGUCGCAUAGCUCAAAGCAGGCUUCUGAUGAUGACAAUAUGGAAGAUGCCAGAAGAAAGCAUGCAAAGCGUCACAGGCAUGGCGAGGUGGUUACUUCAAGUGAUAGCGAGGAAGAGAAAGGAGGAAGAAGACGAGGGAAAUAUCACAGACACAACAGAGGUUCAGCCUCGUCCAGUGACUCGGAGGAUGGUGGAAAGAGUAGAAAGAGAAGGCAACACAAAAGGCAUCGAUGGGCAGCAGAGUCUUCAAGUGAGGAUGAUGGAGCAAUGCGAAGGGGAAGGCAUCGUAAACAUGACAGAGAGUCAGCAUCCGAAACUGAUGGAAUGUUGUCAGAUGAGAAAGAGAGCACAACGCAAACAAGUGAGGAUGGGGACGGGCACUGGAAAGUGCAUUUGUUUCAAUUUCACACAAAUCAUUUGAACUGCAUGUUGUGCAAACCAUUAGCACACUUAAUGUUGUGAACUUUUGUGAUCAUGUACUUGUGGCACUUCUCUUCAUUGUUUUAUUUUCAUUUAACAACGGUCAAAAUUAAGAAUCA